GCAGAGAAUUCGACUUCCUGGGCCAGUCAGUCCCAAUGGAUGGCAACAUACUCCCGAUAUCCCGUUUCGAUCAUACCGGCCCCAAUGGUCUGUGGAGAUACUCUCCGUUUCUUUGCGGCGUGGGACUGAUGGAGGGUCUGGAAAGGGUUUACCGCACAAGCAUGCUCGUCUGGGAUAACCUCGAGGAACCGAUGGCCAUGAUACAUCUCCACAACAUGCUUGUCCAACUCAAGCACAUCGAACAGCCUUUGGCUCACUAUGAAGUACUACAAGACAUGUUUCGAGAUAGCUUCUUCCCUGGCGGCCAAGCUCCACAGUCCAACUUCUCUGAAGCCUUUCUUCGCAGGGGAGAGCUCCUGUGGGGUGCUGGCAGAGCGAAACAAAAGCCGGCCCUCCCGGCAUCGGCAGGAUACCAUCGCGCAAUCGACGUCAGCAGAAACUUGGCCUUCAAUACCAAGUCUCAUUUGUUGCUUUACCGAGAAGCGGAAUGGAACGUUAAAUGGAUACCAGACAAUGAACUCAACCCACGGACUCGUUUGGCCUUGCUUCGCGCUUCUCAGCUGGUUACGAAUCCUCCUCUGAUCAGGAUGACCAAGGACCAAAAGAAUCUACUGGACCGCGUCAAAAAAGCUUUAGGUGUAGACGAUCAAGAGCUACUGUCCCGAAUGAAAGCCCUUUUGAGGGAUUCAGGUCAAGCACAGUCCCAACAGUCCGGUACCAGACCGAAUGCUAUGCCGACUGAAGUCGUGUCGAGGGAAUACCUUGAGCCUACUCGAGUGCAAAUCCUCGAUUUGGUCAAAGCAGACCUACACGACGAUAUUGAUGGGAGCCGCUCUUACUCCACAUUCAACUACAUACUGUUGUAUGUCAAUAUGAUCGAAACCUUUGACAAAAUUGAAUACGAACUCGGAAAGGCACAAGAUUCCGACUGCCAGAGUAUUCUGGAGUUGAAGACAAGACUUCGGAUGGUCGAUGGACUGAUGCGGAAAGAGCGAGAAAGGAAGAGCAUCAAGAUCGUUGGAAAGGUCUUGGAGAGCCAGAGAGAGUUACCAUAUCGCUAUCCCCGGAACGAGAGGCCAGCGGAAACAUUGCCUCGCGGAGAGGAUGCCUCGGAUAUUGAUGGAACUGAGAUGUUAUGCCCAGUCAUGUGAAGAGUAAUGCUUGGGCUGUGGCUCCGUGGGGAGAGAUGGUUGGCUGCAUGGUCAAGGAAGUGCCUUGGAGGGUUGAGUAGACUUACUACCCAGUGACAGCGUUUGCGUGAAUAGGAUUAGUGGAUAGAGAGAGGACCACGAUGAAAGUGCCGUGAACGCUAGCAUGACUUCAUCACCAUCACUCAUCGCGCGUGU